CCCACGUCUUACGUCAACUCAAAAUCGAAGUGGAUUUCUCCAGGCGUACACUCCUUAUUUUUUGUAUUCCAAUUAGCAUUUUUGUAUAUACAUUCUUUAAAGUUUUAUGUUUGAAACAGCGAAGGCAUAUUACUGCAAUGGGAUAUUCUUGAGGAUUCCUACGUGUGGAAUGGAAAUCUACGCUUCUUCCAGCUAAGCCAACGUAACUGCAGCUGUUAGCUCCUUGCUAUCACUACUCAUACGGUCGAGCUAGCUAUGCAUUAGCAUUUUAGCCUAGCUCCCUGGCCAGAAACAAAUGAGAACAGGGCAAAGAUGAUGUGAUCACGAUUAUGCCAGAAUAAAAGAGCCUUUCCUGUUUUGGGUCAUUACCUACUGCAGUUGACACAUACUUGGAGCCUCAAGACAUCGUCUCAAAAAUCCAUAAAGCAUUCCCGCUCGCAGUCCCAGCAGCACCUGAACCAUGUGAGGUCCCCUCGGUCAAGUCUGAGGGGAUCCUAGGACUGUUGAAUCGAAAACCCCGCUGUGCGGGGGGAGACUUUUCCUGUCUCUGUCUGAAGGAGCAGCCUAACCCUCCCUAUCCACAAAUUCCUGUUCUCCUUACCAAGGAGACACGCCAUGAUGUUCCGAGACCAGGUAGGUAUCCUCACAGAUUGGUUCAAAGGCUGGAAUGAAUGUGAACAGACGGUGGCGCUCUUGUCCCUCCUGAAGAGGGUGUCCCGCACCCAGGCCCGCUUUCUCCACAUAUACCUUGAACACUGGCUGGCAGACUGCACAGAGAUCCACAUCCUUGAAGCUGAGGCCAACAAUGCAGCAACUGUCAGCCAGUGGCAUCAGGAGCCUAAAGAGAAAGUGGUGUCCUUGCUGUUAUCCCAUUUGCCUCUACUGCAGCCACGCAAUUGUGAGGCCAAAUGUGAGUACAUGAAGCUGCUGCAGAAGGUGUUGAGUCACACAAUUGAGAGCAGCCUCUUUGUGGAAGAAAGCAGACAGUUGCUCUCCUAUGCACUCAUCCACCCUGCCACCACUCUGGACGACCGGACCACACUGGCCAUGUGGCUAAACCACUUGGAGGAGCACCUUUCUAGUGGCUAUGCAUCUCGGGCUCCAUCUAGCCCGUACCAUCCACGCCAAGGAUCUGAUGAAUGGCCGAGUUCUGCUGAGGCUCUUGAUCCUGGCAGCGUUUGGCAUGAUAAGUCUCCUUCAUCUAGCACGUCUCCUGCAGGCCAGAAUGGACACAUGGCUUUCCCAGGCAGGAUGCCCUCACCUAUUAACAGCAAUAAUACAGGUUUGGUUGGGCAGAUGCAGCCUAGUCCACUGAAGAAGUCCAUGUCCAAUAUCCCUUCCAGUCCUCAGACUUGUGGUUCUGAGUGGAUAAACCAGGAUGACACGGGUGGGCGACAGAACUUCAUCCCAACAGACCACGCACCUCUUUCACCCCAAAGCAGUAUAGCCUCUUCAGGCAGCGAGCAGACGGAAGAGCAGGGCUGCUCUCGCAACACUUUCCUAGAGGAUGGGAGUGGCAUGAAAGAUGUUCCUGCCUGGUUGAAGAGUCUUCGGCUUCAUAAAUAUGCAUCACUAUUCUCGCAGAUGAGCUAUGAGGAGAUGAUGAUUCUCACAGAACAGCAUCUAGAAUCUCAGAAUGUCACUAAAGGAGCACGACACAAGAUUGCCUUGAGUAUCCAGAAACUGCGAGAGAGGCAAAGUGUUCUCAAGUCUUUAGAAAAGGAUAUCUUGGACGGCGGAAACCUGCGCAAUGCCCUCCAGGAGCUUCAGCAGAUCGUUAUCACGCCCAUUAAGCCCUACAGCCCAGCCAGCGCAGCACAGCUUGCCUCGGACGUCUCGACGUCCUCGUCAGACGUCACAAAAACAGCAGCAGAUACGGAGGCGGCGUCAGAAGACUUCCAAAGCAACAACCAACCCCCCUGUGAUGGAGACUCCUCAGUCACACCGGUCUCAGAUGGUGACAUUGCCGGACAGUUUACUCGUGUUAUGGGUAAAGUGUGCACCCAGCUGCUGGUAUCAAGGCCAGAUGAGGAAAAUAUUAGCUGUUACCUUCAGCUUAUAGAGAAGUGUCUGACACAUGAAGCUUUCACAGAAACUCAUAAAAAAAGGCUGGUCUCCUGGAAGCAGCAGGUCCUCAGUCUGCUGCGCCUGUUUCCUCGGAAAGCUAUGCCGGACAUGUCAGCGUACCGACAGAAAGGCUGGAACUAUGGGUCAAACUCCCUCCCCACAGCAGGCUCUGUGAGUGGAGGUGUAAGCCGGCGGGGCCAAAGGCAGUUCCAAAUGACCCCCCGUGUUCCCCCAACUGGGCGCAUGUGUCUUCCUGGCGGGAUCGGGGGAGCGUCUCCACGCCACACGCUCACUAAUCCUGCAUUGGCAGGCCAGGGUAGACAAAACCUGUGGUUUGCCAACCCUGGGGGCAGUAACAGCAUGCCAAGUCAGAGUCGCAGCUCAGUGCAGCGAACCCACUCACUUCCUGUCCACACAUCCCCACAAACCAUGCUCUUGUUCCAGCAACAAGAAUGCCAAGUUCCAGGUGCUGACCUGGAGAUCAACCCCACACUGGAGUCACUGUGCCUCAGUAUGACAGAGCAUGCCUUAGGGGAUGGAACAGACCGGACAUCAACGAUAUGAAAAGAAGAAAGGAAAACCAUUGGAUUGAGGCCUGUUCAGCACAAAGAUAUAUGUAUGCUUAAAAUAAACAAGGCUAAGCAGUCACUACAAUAUGACAAAAAACUGUAUAUGUUCUCUAAUAUUUUUGUACUUUAUUAUAUACAACUAAGUUUAUUAAAAAUGGAUUACAGAUGAUUAUUAUAUUGUAGAACAGAGAAAAAGGUUAACUGUAUCAACUGUGCAAUGUCACCUGCAGGACUGUGGCAUGAUGUGCAGCAGCUCAGUUUACCACCAGUGGAUCGGUGCUGUGUUUAAGGGUUCUGCCCUGAAUUACUCUUCUUUUCCCACUGCCUUGGAACAAGGCUUUCUAUUCUAUCCAAAAGAAAACUGACAGUUACAGCCCCCUACACCACACAAUUUCUAGAUAGAAAAAUUUCCAGUCAGAAGAAAGGCACUUUUCUUUAUCUUUUAUAUUAUUAGGCACUAAACUGUAAUAGAUCCCAUGGUACACAUUCUAAAGUUUCACCUGUAGACACCUGUUCACUUCUCUGACUCUGCUAAUCCAACAGACAGGGCCAGUCAGGGAUUGUGUUUCUUGAAACCUUGGAUGUUUUUUUUUCCUUUCUUUCUUUUCUUUUUUUUGUCCAAUAUGCGAAAAAUAUGUUUUUUUUUUUUUUACACAAACUGUUUCUCAAUCAAAAGGUUUGAGGAAAAGUUUGUAAUCCAACUGUAGGAUACCUUUUGUUUUGGUUGUUUUCCUUGAUCACAUGGUCAAGGAAAAAAAGUGACUGUCCUCUGAACGUCUACAAAGCCAAAGACAAGGGUUGUGUGAUGAUUAAUUUGAGAAAGAUAUUUGUAGUGAGUUGCAGCAGAAUGGUAUAAUAAAAAAUAGAAAAAAGAAAAAAAAAACAGCAGUGUGAAAAAAAAUAUGCCGGCUGCAAUUUGUUUCUCUUAUUUUUAUGCCCAACAACGUAAAUGAUGAUGAAUCUCAUUUUGUGCCAAGGAAUCCCAAAGGGGGUGGGGGUCAGUAAGGGCUGGUGAGGUUUGUACUGUGUGAGAGCUGAUUUGAUAUUGAAUUGAUAAACGCGAAGAGGCUAGUGUUUUCAAUUUACAAGUCCAAUGCUGGGUGAGGAUGCUAAACGAAACCCAUCUCAAGCCUCCGACUCCCCCAUGAUUGGCUUUGCAAAAUGAAACGUGAUCCUGUAACAAAUGCUCGAAGCACAGCGCCUCACCCUCACGGUGCCCUCGUCCUCAACUGGCCGACAUGAUGAUUUGAUGAAUCAUACUUUUCAAGGUGCUUGACGAUGUCCAUAUAUUUCUGUUUGUGUCUCCGUGUGUUUCGGUCUCAGAGCUCUAACAUUAUCACGUGGUAUCAGUGUUGAAUCAAAAGCUGUCCUAUGGAGCCUCUGUCUUUGAAUGUGGCAGAGCCGGAGGUGCAUGUUUGUGUGAUAUAGUCUUAACUUUCGGAUCACUUUUGGUUGCUCAAUAAGGCAGGGAUAACCAUUCAUUCAUUCUUUCAGCAGAGCCAUAGGAGGUCUGUCUAGUAAAAGAUGGUUAUUUACAGAUAUCUUUUCCAAUUGUAUUUUUUACUCUCCCUUGAUAUUGAUAACUUAUGCUUAUUUUCUAUAACCGCAUGUUUUGCCACACUAAUACAGCACUGUUGCAGAUAGAGGACAUGAUGGCUGAUGGUGCCUGGUGUCACCUACAGCUAGAGAGCAGUCAUCUUGCAACAAAUGUUGUAUGUUUAUAACGCCUAAAUGUCACUGUUUACAUCUCUGGGAAAAUGCCCAAUUCAUAUUAUGUGAUGUCAUGAGUAAUCCAUUGUCUCACUAUGUAACUCAUAAAAGAACUGAAGCCUUUUCACACGUGGGGCGGCUGGGUAGAGCCUGAAAAACAAAAGCCCUCUGCCUCCCUAAUCUGUGGACUCCAUAUGAGUCUCAGUAGAUUUUACAGAUUACAUCUGAUGUGAUCAGAAAGAAAAGCUUCUCUGGCCUUGUGAUUAAACUGUUGGCUGUCAUGUCCUGAUAAACUGUUCAUGUGGUGCCUGAAGUGCUAAAUUCCAACAUUUGCAUUGUGUUUAUUUUAACAGUGGUUGCAUUCUAGUCAUGGAUUUCUUCAGAGCAGGCUCUUGGAUAGAUCUGACUUAGUAAAAGCAUCCCACUCGCAUCUAGAGACAAACUCCAAAGUGUUUUUGUUUUGUUUUUUUAAAUUUACCACAAUACUGUUCAUCAACUGUGUUACAAAUGGCUCAGAUUAUCCUUUUCACAGCCUCUGUUGCUUUGGACAGCUUAUAUAUUUCUUCAAAGAGACACAGAGGUACAAUAUAGAAUUCUGCAAGUGAUGAUGCAGCAGGGGAUGAUGAUGCUUAUCUGAGCCACAAAUUAUGUGAUGAGUAAACUGAACACUAAUAACAGGCCAAGGAAUAUGUUUACUCCCUGUUUACAUUCCAGUGAUGCAAGAAAUGAGUUGGGAAAUGCACCUCAAAAGUUCAGACUGGUGUAUAUAAGCAUACUGAGCAUCUACUUGGAGAUACAGAGCCUGUGUCAUAUGGAGACAUCUACCAAGUGUUCCUGAAGUCCUUUUGCAGGCCCUAAGGAGCAUGUAAUUGUUGAAAUAUUGCAGCCAAUCUUAGAUUACACUGCACACAUUUUCUCUUGUACAAUUUCUAUUUAAUUCUAAUAACUUCCCCAGACAUUUUCUAAUAUUUUAUGAACCUUUUGCAUCACAUGCUUAUGCUAUACUUUUUUACUGUCACUCAUAUGUGUGAAUGGUCUGAAAUGCAACAUCUGUCGGAUCAUUGACAGUCCAAAUAAAGAGGUUCAGUUCUUUUGCAA